AAAUAGACUUGUUACAGUCCAUAAGUAAGUUACAAAAACAAGUGCCCACCCCAUGACCCAUGUAUGCAUUGGUGGUUCCACGCGUUGUACACGAAGCAAGGAAGAGGAGCAAGUUUAUCCAAAGGCAAAAUUCAACAUGGCGACUCGCAUGGCAAAACGAGUUGCCGAAAGGUGCGCUCGUGUAUCGAGUUCAAGAGCGAUCGGACACAGGUUAAGAGGUCGUCUAGGCAGUCGCAGUUUCUGCAGUGCUGACGGCGGUAAUGCAGGCAGCAUCCCCCUGACGCAGCCCUUACCCGGCAUGCCCCCGCCGGUCUACGCAGCGUUGUCCAAUCAUUCCCAAGACACACAGGUCACUACGCUGGACAAUGGGCUUAGGGUGGCUUCCAUGAACAAGUUUGGUCAGUUCUGCACAGUGGGAGUGUUGGUUGAUUCUGGGUCACGGUAUGAAGCUGGCUACACUAAAGGCAUCUCUCAUUUUCUGGAAAAGCUGGCAUUUGGGUCCACAGAAUUGUACAAGAAUAGGGAUCACAUACUUCAAGAGCUAGAGAAAUACGGUGGAAUAUGCGACUGUCAAUCCUCUAGGGAUACCUUGAUCUAUGGGGUGUCGGCCGAAACGCAGGGUUUGCCUGAAGUCGUCAAGCUUCUCUCACAGGUUGUCCUUCAACCUAAUCUGACAUUGGAUGAGUUUGAUGAUGCUAGAGUGGCCAUCCAGUUUGAGUUGGAGGACAUUACAUUCAGACCAGAUGCUGAGCCAAGUCUCAUUGAAAUGAUCCAUCGGGCAGCCUAUAGGAACAACACCUUAGGUUUGCCCAAACUGUGUCCGGUAGAAAACAUCUCCCGCAUCGACUACCGCACGUUACAGAAGUACCUUCACAACUACCACACCCCAAAGCGUAUGGUGCUGGCCGGGGUAGGCAUGGACCACAACCGGCUAGUGGAUUAUGCAUAUGAGCACUUUGUGGGCGGGGCCCCAGCUUGGGAGAACUCGGAGGUCGUUGGGAAGCCUGUUGAGGUGGAUCAGUCGAUAGCACAGUAUCUUGGUGGCAUAGAGAGGGAGGUUCGAGAUAUGUCCAACAUCGCCCCAGGCACCCCUAUCCCCGAGCUUGCCCACGUCGUCAUUGCCUUGGAGUCCUGCGGCCACAAAGAUCCCGACUUCAUCGCCUUCUCCGUCCUGAACAUGCUGAUGGGCGGUGGGGGGUCCUUCUCCGCUGGGGGUCCUGGUAAAGGCAUGUACACGCGGCUGUACCUGAACGUCCUGAACCGAUUUCACUGGAUGUACAGCGCUAUCGCCAUGCAUCAUAGCUACGAGGAUAGCGGCAUCUUCUGCAUUCAUGCCAGCGCAAACCCAGGCAUGGUGAAAGAAUUGGUUGAGGUAAUAGUGAGGGAGUUUGUCAACAUGGCAGGUCGCAUAGAAGAGGUUGAGUUGAGCCGAGCCAAGAAGCAGCUACAAUCCCUGAUGAUGAUGAACCUCGAGGCGCGGCCGGUGGUCUUUGAGGAUAUUGGUAGGCAGGUCCUAGCUAUAGGUGAGAGGAAACAACCGCAGGAAUACUGCCAUAUGAUUGAGAGUAUCACAGCGGAGGACAUCCAGCGCGCAGCCAGCAGAAUGCUGCGCUCUAAGCCGUCCAUCGCAGCGAUGGGUGACCUCUCACGGCUACCAGACUAUAACGCCAUUCAAGAGGCGCUGGCCAGCAAAGACGGACGUCUGCCGCGCAAGUUUGCCUCCCUCUUCAGGAGGUAGUAUUCAGGUCAAGGGUUACGGUUCAAAGGUCAAGAAAUGUCCAACAGAGUUUUUAACUUAUAACUUGAGACUGGAAAGGCUGGAUUUUGAUAAUGGAAUUCAGUCCAAAAAGGUUUUAACCAGUUCGCGCUGGGGUUAUUUUGACAAGAACGGAACGAGGCACGGGAUUACUUUUCACUCGACCUCAAGCCAGGUGGAUUGAAGCCAUCACCCUCGGGCAGCACACUCAUAUUUCCGGCCUCGCUCGCUUACAGAUAUUUUCCGGCCUCGCUCCCUGCGUGGUUAACCGUCAUCCAGUCCGAAUACCGCAAAACCUUUGUGUGUAUACACGUCAUCCGGCACAAACUGGUAAAUAUUUGUAAAGUUGAACAAAGAAAUUAACUGCAGCGGGGUUUGAAUCUGCCACCUCCUGAUUACUGUUCAGGUGCUCUACUGAUUGAGCUAUCCAGCCCUAUGUUGAUGAUUCCCAAAAAGGUUUCAUUUAGUUUGCUGUAGUUACUUUCUCACACAAUUCAAAACUUCCGCCAAAAGUCAAGGCCAAGGUCAGAGAAUCACCCAGGAAAGAUUUUAUUGUCUGAAAGUGCUGAAAGGUUUGCUGCUAGAACUUUUGGGAAAAAUGGGGUUCAAAAAUUUAAGAAAAAAGGUCCAACAGUAAAGUCUUUUUAAAAGAUUUUUCCCCCUUUUAACGAGCGUUUUAUGAAACGGUCAGAGUUUAAAGGGUGACAGUUAACUUGUAAAGCAUUAUAUUUUGAUAUAAAUGUAUGCACUUGGCAAUAUAGCAGUUUUGAUGCAAAACUCAUGCAUUUUCCCAAACUUUCUUUAUGCCAUGCAAAUUGUUUGUGUAAAUACAGUACCUUCAACUGAACGCUUUUUGGCCGAAUGUUUUGGCGCAUAUAUUGAAGUUCACCAAAUCGCAAUACUCUUUUUUUCUUGGGUACUUAGUUAUUAGAAGUAGUUCCAUCUCAUAACAUAUUUGCUCCCUCCCACCUUCUCCCCCACCUUCAUGUUAGUUAUCUUGAGGCAUCAUUUGUUUUAUUUCAAUCAAGAAAAUGAAACGCACACCGAUGAAUUUUCUACAGAUAUUAUAAAUGUAAAGCUCAAUUCAAGUAUCAUUCUGUGAAUAGUGAUCAAGUAAUAAAAAUAUGUUUCUUUUCAAUAAACUUUUCUUUUUGUUUCUGA